GCGCGGUCCCAUUUCCGCUCCAACAAGAUGAAAGAAACUAUCAUGAACCAGGAGAAACUCGCCAAGCUGCAAGCACAAGUGCGCAUUGGUGGGAAAGGAACUGCUCGCCGAAAGAAGAAGGUGGUUCAUAGAACGGCUACAGCAGAUGAUAAAAAACUUCACUUCUCCUUAAAGAAGUUAGGGUUAGGGGUAAACAAUAUCUCUGGUAUUGAAGAAGUGAAUAUGUUCACAAACCAAGGAACAGUGAUCCACUUUAACAACCCCAAAGUUCAGGCAUCCCUGGCAGCGAACACUUUCACCAUUACAGGCCAUGCUGAGACAAAGCAGCUGACAGAAAUGCUACCCAGUAUCUUAAACCAACUUGGUGCAGACAGUCUGACUAGUUUAAGAAGACUGGCUGAAGCUCUGCCCAAACAAUCUGUGGAUGGAAAAGCACCACUUGCUACCGGAGAGGAUGAUGAUGAUGAAGUUCCAGAUCUUGUGGAGAAUUUUGAUGAAGCUUCUAAGAAUGAAGCAAACUGA